AUGGAUAGCAAAAGUGGGACGGCAUAUGAAUUUGAAUGUGAAUUUCUUGGAAUAAAAGCCAUGAAGAAUAUAAGGAAAUGUCAUGAGGUUAAAAUGUGUUCCCAUUCUGCUGAAGAAUUAAAUUCUUCACAUGAUUCAGUAAAAUUUAAAACCAAUACCUAUAAGAAUAUAUACAAUACUUAUAAACAUUCAAUUGAAAAGUAUACAAUCAAUUUUUUUGUAAUAUGUUCUAAAACUUCUUGUCAGUUUAUAAAUUGUAAUGGAAGUCCAAAGAUUUGCAGACACAAAGUACUUAGUGAAGGUAGUUCAACAAAAUAUUUUAUUGGAUGUAAUAGAUUACUAUACAUGCUGUCCAAAUUAUUUUGGGAUGCCAUAAUUAUAAUUUGGGAUGCCAUAAUUCAUUCAGUAUUUAAGAUACCUUUAAAUGUAAAUAUUGAGCGCUUAAAAGAAUUAUUCCAAAAUUACAACUUUUAUGCUAAUUCUACAGAAAAGGAUUUUACAUCAAAUACAGCUCUUGAUAACUGUUAUACUGUACUUCCAUAUAACUCAAAAAAUAAAAAAUGCUAUUUUCCACAUAAAUUUUCUAACAAUACAGUUACUAAUGGUGGUUUAAUUAUACAUAAACCAUGUCAAGUUAGAUUCUAUUAUUUACAAUCUAUUAUGAACGAUGAAAAUUUGUCAAAUCUUACAGCUAGAAAGUUUUUGACUAAACUAACACUGCUAACAUAUUUAAAUGGCUUAUCCUUGAAUUCCAUUCAUCCAAGCUUAAAUAAUCAAUCAAAAGUCAAUUAUUUAAUUGCAAAAGAAAAAAGAUCAAAACAUCCACAUAGACAAAAUAUUUUUAGUACUGUGCAUGAGUUUAUAAAAAAUAAAGAUUUAGAUGAUGCUUAUAUAUGUAAAAUAACUUUGACAUUUGCAAGAGUUUUUACAAACAAUGAAAGCGUAGAUGCAUAUCAAAAUAUGUUUGCAGCUGUGUUUUCAGUUGUAAAGGAAGACACAAAUAGUGAAAUUUGUUUUUAUCAUAUUGAUGGUAAAGGAAUAGGAUGUAUAUUGAAAUAUCAGACAAAAUCUAAAAUACCAACUGAAAUUAAAAAAAUGAUGUAUGCAAUACCACAUUUUGAGACAAAAGCUAAAGUUCUGAAUGUGCUUGAACAAAUAAAGCUCAUACAAAAUAAACAAGCAAUUGACUGGGUGAAUAACAAAAGCAAAGAAUGCAGUUUGGCAGAACCUCACUUACUUAUAAGAUAG